AUGGAUCGCGACCCGCGUUUGCGGACGAGCAAAGACGACGUCGAAAAGAACAUCUCUUUCUCCAGCAGAGAUGCCCAUUCGAACGCAGUACCUUCAUACGCACAUCAGAGUUCGACGUUGAGUUCUUCGCUGGCUGAGCAUGGCCUACGGCACAACCGUGCGACAGCCGACUACUUUUCACAUAUAUCUCCAGGAUCAUCAAGCGACCAUGUACAUGGCUCAACGCCUGCCUCGACUGGCAAUGCGAUGGUUUAUGAUGCGGCGAUAGGGGAGUAUUUAAAUGAGAUGUCUAUGGGCAUGUCGAACGAUGGCCACGACACAAAUGAUCCUCUUGCGGAUUUGAAACGACCGCGCGCAUGCGAAGCAUGCCGUCAGCUCAAGGUCCGCUGCGAACCAGACAACGACAACCCGGCAGGCUCAUGCAAGCGAUGCGCCAAAGCGAAACGGAAAUGUGUUGUCACUGCACCGACCCGCAAGCGCCAGAAGAAAACAGACAGUCGCGUGAGUGACCUGGAGAAAAAGAUAGAUGCCCUUACAGCGAGUCUUCAGGUAUCCAAGAGAGCGGGCGCCACUCCUCCAGUAAACGAUGGGUCGCGAGACCAGGCUACUGCUCCUCCGCGUCGCUGGCUUGGGGGAGAACAACCGGCAACAGUCUCUGCUUCUCCUACUUCCGGCGCGAAGCGCACAUUUAGUGGUGACACAAAGUCUUCGCAACCACCUGGCCAGCUGUCCCAGGGAGGGUUUUUUGCGACAGCAUCAUCGAAUAGCCUUUCGGAACUGCGUGGGACAAAAAUGCCUUCUACGUGGCAAAGCUCUGCGGGAAAUCCAUCUCACAGCAAUAGCAAUGCAGACGAAAUAAUCGACGUGAUUGACCGGGGGCUGAUUGAUUUCCAGACUGCUACCGACAUCUUCAAUCACUAUGUGGAAAAGGUCGCUCCAACUCUCCCCAUUGUGAUCUUCCCAGCUGGUACAACCAUGUCUGACGUGCGGCACAAUAAACCGAUACUGUUUCAUGCAAUUAUGACUCUUUCCAUUGCAAUCGUUCGACCUGAAUUACAGAUGUCUCUGGUUCAAGAGGUGCACCGUAUCUUUGCUGACAGAGUUGUCGUCAAAGGUGAGAAAUCUCUGGAAUUGGUGCAGUCGAUCAUGUUGGCGUGUAUAUGGUAUACGCCACCCGAUCAGUUCGAGGAACUCAAGUUUUUCCAGUUUAUUCACCUGGCUGUGGUAAUGGCAAUGGAUAUUGGCAUGGGUCGUGUCACGAGGAGAAAAGGGGGCAAUCAAUAUGGCCUGUUGCGAGAGAUAAUGGGUAAGAAUCACAAUCGAGGCUUGAUGGAACCGGAUGCCCCCGAAACACGACGUAUCUGGCUGGGUGCAUAUUUUAUGGCCGUCAACGCAGCAAUGGCCCUUCGUCGACCCUUGUUAUGUCGGUGGCUUCCUUAUAUGGACGAAUGUAUUGAAAUUUUGCGAAAUUCACCCGAGCCAUCCGAUAAGAUUUUGAUACACUGGGCCAAGUUAUCCCAUAUUGCGGAAGAAAUUGGAUUUCAGUUUUCGAUGGAUGACCCAACCAGUAAUUUAUCCAUGAGUGAUACCAAGGUACGGUAUGCACUGAAAGGCUUCGAGAAACAGCUUGAUGAAUGGCGCCAGGAGAUAGCACCUGAGAAUUACUCAUCUGUACUGCGACAUGCGGAGAAUAUUGUCAACAUCUAUAUGCAUGAGAUAGCAAUGCAUAACGAUCACAAUAUUGAUGACUUUACCCCUCCAUUCAGUACUGGUAUUCAAUCUGACUUCAACAUUGAAAAGGCGGCCACGGCUCAGAUUGAUGCUUUGACGGCAUGUUUGACAUCUAUUCACACCGCGUUAGAUUGCAUCUUGCACAUUGAGCCUGCGGAUCUUAUAUGUCUUCCCACAGUCUUUUAUGCCCGUACGGCCUACGCAUUCAUUGCUCUACUGAAAAUGUUCUCGGCUAUAUCAUCCGACAAGGGUCUUGCCCGCGUUUUUUCGCUUUCCGAUCUGAAAUUGGAAGAAUAUUUCGACAAUAUGAUUAGUCACUUGAAAUUGACUUCGACCAAACCCGGUGGUCGCACAGCGUCAAGAUUUAGCAUGGUAUUGAAUUUGCUCAGAAAUUGGUUUAAUAAUCGCAAGACGGAGCAGUCUGCCGGCAAGUCUGGAGAGCGGCAAUCAGCACCCGCCAAAAGUGAAGCUCCCGAAGAUUCCAUCCAGCGCCAAACCAUACCACCUGGCGCCGACUCAAAAAACAAGCAGACAUCUCCCGUGACAAAUGCAGCAUCGAAUUCACAGCAGUGGUCUCCCUAUGGUGUUUCUACUUCCGAAGCCGCUUCUUCAGCCAAUUUCUUACCACAGCAGUAUCAAUUCGGACAAGCAUCAGGACAAGAUGCUGGAAAUACAGCGAUAGCCGGUAUGUUGCCGACGUCACAAACAGAAUAUGCGGGCUUAGUACCAGAUUUCGAGCUUCCGAUGCCUUUUGAUACAGCAACUCUUUUCUCCAUGGGGGAUAUGAUUCCCGACGAGCUGUUCAGUUUACCAUUUGACGGAAACGGCAACCUUUACAUACAAUGA